AUGUCGGACACUCACUCUGAGCGCCGUCCCUCUUCGGUCAAGAGCACCACUCACAGCAUCCGCGGAUUCAUCCACCGCCUAACAAAUAACCCUGAAAAGUACACGGUCCACACAGAAAUCCCCCGAGCCGAGCGCCACAGCCACUCAACAACACCUCGCGCCAAGCAGCUCUCCCAGGCACAAGUCAAGACGAGCGUCUACGAAACACUAUGCCUGACAAAGUAA